AUGCUGAGGUUGGCAGCAAAGAGAGGGUUUAUUUGCAAGGCAGCCCUCUCCAAAGGCAAGGGGCUCGGGGGUAUCUAUGGGAUAAGAAUAAAGAAGGACAGCGGUCCGAAGCCUGGGAAGCAUGGGGAGGGUGGGGAAAGGUGCUUGGGAAAAGGUGCGGGGAUCGUAGUUCUGCGCAGGUGUAACUGGGCUACAGGCCUCUGCAUGUUCAAAAGGUCACUGAGUGGACACUCGUGCAGGCCCAGUUGGAGGGUUGGUGGUCCUAUCCUGUCUCAACCAGCUCAGCUCAAACUAGGCGCAGCUGAUUCCAGGUUCCUGGAAAACAACUCAGGCAAACAUCUUAUUGUUUAGGCUACGUGCUGCUUGGAGGACAUGCAGAUCCUAAAACGACCUGGAUUAGUGAAGGCGGGUGAAAUGGAUCUGACUAAUUACCCGUGGUUUCAGAGCGUUCCCUGUUCCCAGAACCUCUCCUGCCCUCCAGAACCUUCCCUGCUUCCAGAAGAUCACCGGGGCCUCUUUCCUGUAAAUUCCCAGUGCUUGUCGUAUAACGGAAUUUUAUUUAAGUUAAUUCACUUAAUAACUGGAGAAUUUUCCAUGCCGCACACACGUUGUUGGUUUGGGAAGUCCUUAUCUGGAAAGGGCUUCCCGUGUGAGAAGACCUCCAUGUGCUGCUUACUCGAGGAUGGACUGUGCACACCCUCUGAGACCUGCGUGAACGACGGAGCGUUUGGACGGUGUCAGGAGCUUCCAGCCGUAGACGUGCACCACUACGAAGUGUCGCCAGGGGUCCUGCAGCACCUGACAGCCACCCUGAGGGCGCUCUCCCGCACAGGUCUCACGUGGCAGGAUGGCUACACCCAGCACGUGAUGGCGCGGGAGCUCGCCAGCCUUCCCCAGACCUCCCCGCGACGCCCAGAGGCCUCCGGCGCAGCCAGGAGCUCAAAGCAGAGUGUCCAGGACAAGCGGAGCCUCAGCCUGGAGGGCGACGUGCUGGCCGAGGCCCUUCAGCGCUACCUGCCCUACCUGGAGGCCCUGUCCCAGGCCGCCGUCCCUGAUGUGCUCCCCGGGCUGAAGCCGGACAGGCCGCCGGCCCAGGGUGAGGACCCCCCGGCCGACAGCGUGCUGACCUUCAUGGCCCGGACGUCCGCCCUGACCUAUGCCCCCGCGUCCCGGGCCGAUUUCCCCGGGGACCGCCCGCUGCGCACGCUCCGCAGGCUCCAGCCCGACGAGCUCAGCCCCAAGGUGGCCGGCGGCGCGGACAGGCAGAGUCUGGUCGCCGCACUGGGUGCCUACGCGGCCCGGAAGCCCCCCGCGCCCCCCAGGGACGGCGACCCCGCAACCCGCAAGCUCGUGCGCGCGCCCUGGCGAGAGCCCAGGGUCCUUUCGGCACCGGCGGCCCCCCAGAAAUGGCUCUCGCCUCCGGACCCCAGGGACGCCCUGGGCACGGACGACGGGGCACGUGUUCAGGCUCUGCUGAAGGACCUGCGGCAGCGCCCAGGCAGCGUGGAGGGUCUGAGCGCCCUCGAUGUGGCCGAGGCAGCCCGUGCGAUAGCGAGCGCGAUGCCAGGCGGGCGCGCGGAAGGGGAGCAGAACGGCGCCGGGAGAGGCGGCGGAGGGCCGAGAGGCCAGGCGGGCCGCUCGGGGGCCGUGCGCCACAGAGACGGCGUGCCAGAUAACAGAGUGCGAGACGGCGGUGCAGGAUUUUACCAGGAGGUCAGCCGUUUGGGCGUCAAACUCGGGGACCUCCUGCAGGGUCCUGGGUCUCCAUUCCUGCCUGGAGCCCCCCAUCUUGCCGGGUCUUUCAAGACGGAGAUCAAGAAAUCGGAGGACCCUGAGGCCUCCCCGUCUUCAGAGGAGGAUCGCGUUGGGGUGGAGAACAUAAAGAGUCAGACCUACUCCAAGGAGCUGCUGCAAAGGCCGCUGCACCCGGAGCCGGGGCCGGGCGGACUUGGGGCAUCGCAGCUCCGGGCUCCGGCGGCCCCGCAGGAGGACCAGCGCCCCGGCGCUGGGGCCCGGGGACCCCCCGGCCAAGGCCUGCGGCUGGAAGUCCAACCUCCCCAGGAGGAGUACGGCUACAUUGUGACGGAAAACGACCCGCUGAGCCCAGAGAAGGGGACGGAGGUGCUGGAGGACGUGGCGCGUCUCCUGGACAUGCCGGCGGGCGUCUUCUCGGACAUCGCGGUCUCGGGACCAGCGGUGACCUUCAGGGUGCGCGCCAACCUCCAGAACGCGACAGCGGCGGACGCUGCGAAGGCGGCAGUUGACAACAAGGACCAACUGGAAAAAAUGUCUGGACUGAGAGUUCUUCGGACCGGCGUCGGCUCGAAAAGCAAACCCAAGCUUCUGCCUCACCAGGCAGAACGAGAGGACUCGACCAAGUUCAUCGUGCUCACGCUGGUCUCCGUCGUCGCCAUCGUGGCGGUCCUGCUGGCGUCCGGCGUCAUCUACUGCCUACGACACAGCUCUCAGUACAGGCUGAAGGAGAAGCUCUCGGGACCUGGGGGCGACCCGGACCCUGAUGCCACCAACGCCUACCAGGAGCUGUGCCGGCAGCGCAUGGCCGCGCGCCCGUCCGAGCGCCCGGAGACCGCGCACACGUCCCGCGUCAGCAGCGUGUCCUCCCAGUUCAGUGACGGGCCGAUGCCCAGCCCCUCCGCGCGGGGCAGCACCUCGUCCUGGUCGGAGGAGCCCGUGCAGCCCAACAUGGACAUCUCCACCGGCCACAUGGUCCUGGCCUACAUGGAGGACCACCUGAAGAACAAGAACCGCCUGGAGAAGGAGUGGGAGGCUCUGUGUGCCUACCAGGCCGAGCCCGACAGCUCGCUCGUGGCCCAGAGGGAGGAGAACGUGCCCAAGAACCGCUGCCCGGCAGUGCUCACCUACGACCACUCCCGGAUCCGGCUGAAAUCAGAGAACAGCCACGGCAGCUCUGACUACAUCAACGCCAGCCCCAUCAUGGACCACGACCCCAGGAAGCCCGCGUACAUCGCCACCCAAGGACCGCUGCCCGCAACCGUGGCCGACUUCUGGCAGAUGGUGUGGGAGAGCGGCUGUGUGGUCAUCGUCAUGCUGACACCCCUCUCGGAGAACGGCGUCAGGCAGUGUUACCACUACUGGCCAGACGAGGGCUCCAACCUCUACCACGUCUACGAGGUGCAUCUGGUCUCUGAACACAUCUGGUGCGAGGAUUUCCUCGUGAGGAGCUUUUAUCUGAAGAACCUUCAAACCAACGAGACUCGCACGGUGACGCAGUUCCACUUCCUGAGCUGGUAUGACCAGGGAGUGCCUGCCUCCACGAGGUCCCUUCUGGAUUUCCGCAGAAAAGUAAACAAGUGCUACAGGGGCCGUUCUUGUCCAAUAAUUGUCCACUGCAGUGAUGGCGCGGGCAGGAGCGGCACCUACAUCCUGGUCGACAUGGUUCUCAAUAAGAUGGCCAAAGGCGCUAAAGAGAUCGACAUCGCCGCGACGCUGGAGCACUUGAGGGACCAGAGGCCACGCAUGGUUCAGACAAAGGAGCAGUUCGAGUUUGCGCUGACGGCCGUGGCCGAGGAGGUGAACGCCAUCCUCAAAGCCUUUCCCCACACCCAUCCACAUUCUUAACCGCAAUCAUGUCGUACUGAUGGUGCAGUCAGCGUGGUCCCCGGAAUAGAGUUGGCUCGUGACCUGUCGCUUCCUGAAGGAGUGUCAGCUGUGCAGGGCGGGGCCCGGAGAGGCCAAGAGGCGCUGAAUGGAGGCCGCCGGCUGUAAGAAGCUCAGUCGGCGUUUGUCUCGCCAACAGUUUACCACUGGAGACACCGCGGCUUAUUCAGGAGUUAGGUGGACAGGAUGGUGACGUUCUGCAGCUUUGGGGCAGAUAAGAAGAAAGUCGUCCCAGCUCUUUGUUUGAUCCCGCCGCUCAACAGCCUCCCCGCCCAGCACUGUCGACGGCCCCUCCCGACCUUCCACCCCCGAGGAUGGGCAGGGCCGCUGGGGGCAAACACUUUCCCACCCAGAGUGCCUGCUCCCAGGCCAGCCGCCGCAGGGACGCCUCACCUGGGCAAGGUAGGGGGCGAGCCCCAAACUCCAGACACGGUUAUGAACUACAAAUAGGGAUUUACACAGACGCCAGCUAAACGCUUCCCUGCAGGGCGACCAAAAUCAGAGGGGGUGCGGGGCAAAGCUGGGCACUCGGCCAGCUCCCGGCAGCACCCGUGGUCCCCUCUCCGGGAAGGCUCGGGCCCUGCUGGCGUCCAGAGAAGACCAGGGGUGCUUUCACCAUGGGAGGAACGCAGGGAGACCCGCAUUUUUUUUGCUUUUUACCUAUGUGGGAUCAUAGCAGCUGGGGAAGAGGGAUGGCCCGGGCUCCCCCCAGGGCCCAGACUGUUCAUCUCUUUGCCUGCCCCCUUGUCUGAUGUCACGGAGACACACAUCUAGCAACGAUCUGGAUUUGCCAAAAUACCACUUGAGCGCCAAAUGUACCACCCCCGCCCCGAAACAGAGAAUGCGCUUCCUUAAACUGAAGACGCGUAAACAUCUGGGAAGGUGUGCAGGCGGCCCUGGGUGUCGCUGGUCUCGUUUUAGGGAACAAGACGCUCCCCGGUCACCCUGGUACCUCUGCUUCCCGUGCUGCACACCGUUCUUUCCAUCUUAAAUAGGUGUUACGUCUCAGAAGACAGGAGAAUAGGGAAAGCGGCCGGCUGAAUGGGGAGAAAAAUGCCAAAAUGUUGUUUGUGUCUUUAAAUGGUGUUGUCAUGUAUAUCUGCUUUAAUAUCUAUAAUUUCUUUCCCAACGUUGUUUCUCUCUAUCUGGAAUCUAAAUAAUUAAUAGAAACUAGUUUAUCUGAAUAUAGGAAGCAUAUACCUACUUGUAAUUUCUAACUUCUUAUGUUUCUUCAG